AUGUCAAAGAUCUUCAAGAAGAAGGUCCCCCCACCAGUCCCAGAACCUGGCACCACCCCUGGUGUCUGUCCUGAAGAGACCGCCAACUUCUUCUCCCGUCUCACCUUCACCUGGGUCCAACCACUCAUGUCCAUCGGCUCAACUCGUCCUCUGGAAAAGGAGGAUAUCUGGGAGCUGAUCGAACGUCGACGCGCCGAGUACCUUUCGGCUCUCUUCCGUCAGGAGUGGGCCAAGGAGAUGGCCAAGCACAAUGCCAGUCUCGACGAGGAAAAGAACAAGGAUGCCGACCUCAACAACGCCUCCUCUUCUGGAUUGAAGAAAAAGAACAAGAACAAGAGCAAGGAGUACAGGCCCAAGCUGUGGAAGGCGUUCAAUCGCACCUUCUUUUAUCAGUUCUGGUCGGCUGGUGUCCUCAAGGUUAUCGGAGAUUCACUCCAGGUCUUCCAACCCCUCGUUACCAAGGCCAUCCUCAAAUUUGUCACAGAGAGUGUGUUGAAACGUCCAGCUGGAGAGGAGCCACCAUUGUGGCAUGGUAUUUUGAUGGCCAUCGGUCUCUAUUUCAUGGGUAUCUUUGCCUCGCUCGCCCUUCACCAGUUCUGGCAGCGCUCGACCAGCACUGGUGUCGGUAUCCGUACCGUCCUCAUCACCAACAUCUACCGCAAGGGCCUCCUCCUAAGCUCCAAAGCCAAGCAGGACUUCUCGACUGGAAAGGUCACCAACCUCAUGUCAACCGAUGCUACCCGUCUCGACUUUGUCGCAGGAUACUUUCAUGUCAUCUGGACUGCGCCCCUUAUGAUCGCCCUCAUCCUCAUCCUCCUCAUCGUCAACAUGGGUCCCACGGCCCUGGUCGGUUUCGUCUUCCUCCUCAUCGUCGGCCCACUCCAGGCAAAGAUUGUCGCCGCCCUCUCCGUCAUCCGUCGCAAGUCGACCCUCAUCACUGAUGCUCGUGUCAAGCUUACACAGGAGGUUCUCCAGGGUAUGCGUGUCAUCAAGUUCUACGGUUGGGAAGAUGCCUUCUUGAGCAAGCUCGAGGAUCUUCGAAACAAGGAACUGAAGUACGUCCGGACCCUGCUGAUCUCCCGCUCCGGUAUUGCCGCCAUCAAUCUGACCGUCCCUGUCCUGGCUGCCACCUUGACCUUUGUUGCCUACUCUCUUGCCGGCAACGAGCUCACUCCCGCGAUCGUCUUUUCAUCCCUUUCUCUGUUCAACAUCAUGAGAAUGCCCUUGAUGAUCUUGCCCCAGAUCGUCAGUGCCAUGGUCGAUGCUCAGGUCUCUGCUCGCCGUAUCGAGGAUCUCUUCAUGGCUGAGGAGCUCGAGGACUUGCCCCCCGUCAACCCCGAUCUGGAGCAUGCUAUUGACAUUACCAACGGCAACUUCCAUUGGGAGACCACCCUCAAGACUCUGACUAUGGAGGAGUUGCAGAAGCAGGAGAAGGAGGAGCGCAAGCGCGGAGCCAACAAGAAGGAGCACAAGAAGGAACUCAAGGCCAAGGAGAAGGCAGAGAAGAAGGAGAUCAAGAAACUUGCCAAGGCCAACGGUAUUUCGCAGCAGGAGGCCGAGAUGCUUUACCAGGAGGGUCGAGAGAAGACUACCUCGGAGCAGUCGAGCGAGACUAUGUCGAUCCAAGAAAAGAUGCUGUCCAAGCUUCAGGAGAAGGACCCCUCACCCGACACCGAGUCGAUUUUGACCUCUUCCCAUGAAAGCGACAAUGGCGAGAAUUCCCAGCAGGAGAGCGGUGUUGAGCGCCAGGGAUCGAUCCACUCGGAGGAGAAGGGCACUUUUAUACUCAAGAACAUUGACCUCAAGAUUCCUCGUGGCCAGCUGGUUGCGAUUGUCGGAGCUGUCGGAAGCGGAAAGUCGUCGCUAUUGAACGCCUUGGUCGGAGAGAUGAAGAAAGUCAGCGGCACAAUGUCGUACGGUGGCACCAUCGGUUACUGCCCCCAGUCGGCCUGGAUUCAGAACGCGACUGUCAAGGACAAUAUUCUGUUUGGUCUUCCCUUGGACGAGGCCCGCUACCAGCGCGUCAUCAAAGACUGUGCCCUUGAGCGCGAUAUCCAGAUCCUGCCCGACGGAGACCAGACCGAGAUCGGAGAGCGCGGUAUCAACUUGUCUGGUGGUCAGAAGCAGCGUGUUAACAUUGCCCGUGCCGUCUACUAUGAUGCCGAUGUCGUCUUGCUGGAUGACCCUCUGUCGGCCGUUGAUGCCCACGUCGGCAAGUACUUGUUCAAGAACUGUAUCUUGGGAGCGCUCCAAGGAAAGACCCGUGUUCUGGUCACUCACCAGCUCCAUGUCUUGCCCCAGGUCGAUUAUGUUAUCUGCAUGAAAGACGGCGAGAUUGUCGAGCGCGGAACCUUUCACGAGUUGAUGGGCAAUGACGGCGAGUUUGCCUCGUUGAUGAAGGCCCACGGAGGUAUCGAGGAGUCCGAGGAAGUUGCCGACGAUAACAGCGUCGACUCUGCUGCCACUGCAGCUGGUGCCGAGAAGGUUGCCGGUGAGGUCUCGGAGGAUGCCAAGGAUGAGAAAACCGAUGAAAAGAAGGAGGGUGGCAAGGCCAAGAAGGGGCUGAUGUCCCAGGAGGAGCGUGCUACCGGAUCGGUUGACGGAAAUAUCUACAAGACCUAUGUCGAAGCUGCCGGUGGCAAGUACCUUGUCCCCCUCUUACUGUUCAUCCUCAUCAUCACCCAAGUUGCCAAGGUUGGAAACGAUCUCUGGUUGAGUUGGUGGACUGCAAACACCUUCAAUCAGUCGCAAAAGUUCUACAUGAUUCUGUACGCCGUCUGGGGUAUCGCACAGGGAGUCUUCCAGUUCAUCAACGGUUUCUUCUUCUCGAUUGCCGGAGCUAAUGCCGCCAAGGCACUCCACCAGCGUGCCCUCCAGAACAUCUUCCGCGCUCCCUCAUCUUUCUUUGACACCACCCCUCUCGGCCGUAUCAUCAACCGUUUCUCCAAGGAUGUCGACGCCACGGACAAUUUGCUCUCGGAGGCCUACAGAAUGUUCACCGGUACCGCUGCCAUUGUCCUGUCGACCUUCAUCUUGAUCUCGGCCAUCUUCCCUUACUUCUUGAUCCCUUUAGUCCCCAUGCUGAUCUUUUACUACUAUGCCGCCAUCUACUACCGUUCAUCGUCCCGCGAGAUCAAGCGUAUCGACUCGAUCCUGCGUUCGUCGUUGUAUGCCCAUUUCUCAGAGACUCUCAGUGGUUUGGCUACCAUCCGUGCCUACCGUGAGCAAGAGCGGUUUAUUGGCCGCAAUGCUUACUUUAUCGAUCUGGAGAACCGUCCUUACUUUAUGAGUUACUCGAUUCAGCGCUGGCUCGGUGUCCGCAUUGAGACCAUUGCCAACACCUUGGUCUUCUGUACGUCUAUCCUCGGUGUUUGUGGACGUUAUACCAUCGAACCCGCUACCAUUGGUCUUGUCCUCAGUUACUCCAUGUCUGUCACUGGUACCUUCAACUGGUGUGUCCGCCAAUUCGCCGAAGUCGAAAACAACAUGAAUGCAGUUGAGCGUUUGUACCACUACUCCGAGGUGCUGGCGGUCGAGGCUGAUGCUGUGAUUCCCGACAACCGCCCCUCGGAUAACUGGCCCAGCGCAGGUGCGAUCUCCAUCCGCAACCUCGAGAUGCGUUAUCGCCCUGAGUUGCCCUCUGUUCUCCACGACCUCUCGCUCGACAUCCAGGGAGGCGAGAAGAUUGGAGUUGUCGGUCGUACUGGUGCCGGCAAGUCGUCGAUUAUGAUGGCUCUAUUCCGUUUGGUCGAGCCCACUAAGGGUACGAUGAAGAUUGAUGGAGUCGAUAUCUGCAAGAUUGGGUUGUUUGAUCUCCGUACCCGUUUGGCGAUUAUCCCCCAGGACCCUGUCCUGUUCAGUGGUACCAUCCGGUCCAACUUGGAUCCCUUUGAGAAGCGCACGGAUCAGGAGCUGUGGGAGGUUUUGGAGCGUUCGGAUCUGAAGGCAUAUGUGACCUCGUGUGAUGGCGGACUUGACUCUCAGGUGACCGAGUUUGGCGAGAAUUUGAGUGUGGGUCAGCGUCAGCUGUUGUGCCUUGCUCGAGCCAUGUUGACGCGCGCACGGGUGAUUAUUAUGGACGAGGCGACGGCGUCGGUGGAUGUGGCCACGGAUGUGAUGUUGCAGAAGGCGAUCCGUGUGGAUUUCGCACAGUCGACGGUGUUGACGAUUGCGCAUCGGCUGAACACUGUGAUUGAUUAUUCUAGAGUUCUUGUGUUGGACCAUGGCGAGAUCAAGGAGUUUGAUACCCCUGCGAACCUGUUGAGCAGACCCGACUCUGUGUUCUCGAGCAUGGUGGAUGAGACUGGCCCAGCAAAUGCGGCGCUGUUGAGGCAGUUGGCCGCUGCGGCUGCUGCUGGCAAUGUCAUUGCAGUCGAGGAGGUCCUUGGCGCCACUGAGUCUGAUGUCAAGGGCUAUGACGUGUAG